GUGUGAAUGUACGGAAGUAAUCUUACUAAGGGGAGGCAACUCAUAAGACAUUUCGUUCCACGUGAAACAUGUCUGGGAUUGAAAAAGUCGCUCCUUUACUGUUAAGGGGAUCAAAGCAAAUGAGAUUUCCGAUACGGGUAUUUUGUGAUAAGAUUUCUUCUGAAAGUGUUACAAAAGAUGUACCUACAAAAGAUGUACCUAUAAAAGAUGUACCUACAAAAGAUGUACCUACAAAAGAUGUACCUACAAAAGAUGUACCUGCAAAAGAUUUAGCUGCAAAAGAUGUACCUGCAAAAGAUUUAGCUGCAAAAGAUUUAGCUGCAAAAGAUGUAGCUGCAAAAGAUGUAGCUACAAAAGAUGUACCUGCAAAAGAUGUACCUGUAAAAGAUGUACCUGCAAAAGAGGUACCUGCAAAAGAUGUAGCUACAAAAGAUGUACCUGUAAAAGAUGUAGCUGCAAAAGAUGUAGCUGCAAAAGAUGUACCUGUAAAAGAUGUACCUGCAAAAGAUGUACCUGCAAAAGAGGUACCUACAAAAGAUGUAGCUGCAAAAGAGGUACCUGCAAAAGGUGUACCUGCAAAAGAUGUAGCUGUAGAAGAUGUAGCUGCAAAAGGUGUAGCUACAAAAGAUGUACCUGCAAAAGAUGUAGCUUCAAAAGAUGUAGCUGCAAAAGUUGUAGCUGCAAAAGAUGUACCUGCAAAAGAUGUAGCUGCAAAAGAUGUACCUGUAAAAGAUGUAGCUGCAAAAGAUGUGGCUGCAAAAGAUGUGGCUGCAAAAGAUGUACCUGCAAAAGAUGUACCUGCAAAAGAUGUAGCUGCAAAAGAUGUACCUGCAAAAGAUGUGGCUGCAAAAGAUGUACCUGCAAAAGAUGUAGCUGCAAAAGAUGUACCUGUAAUAGAUGUAGCUGCAAAAGAUGUACCCGUAAAAGAUGUAGCUGCAAAAGGUGUACCUGCAAAAGAUGUAGCUGUAGAAGAUGUAGCUGCAAAAGAUGUACCUGCAAAAGGUGUACCUGCAAAAGAUGUAGCUUCAAAAGAUGUAGCUGCAAAAGUUGUAGCUGCAAAAGAUGUAGCUGCAAAAGAUGUACCUGCAAAAGAUGUACCUGCAAAAGAUGUACCUGUAAAAGAUGUACCUGCAAAAGAUGUGGCUGCAAAAGAUGUACCUGUAAUAGAUGUAGCUGCAAAAGAUGUACCCGUAAAAGAUGUAGCUGCAAAAGAUGUACCCGUAAAAGAUGUAGCUGCAAAAGGUGUACCUGCAAAAGAUGUAGCUGCAAAAGAUGUACCUGCAAAAGAUGUACCUGCAAAAGAUGUACCUGUAAAAGAUGUGGCUGCAAAAGAUGUACCUGCAAAAGAUGUAGCUGUAAAAGAUGUAGCUGCAAAAGGUGUACCUGCAAAAGAUGUAGCUGUAGAAAAUGUAGCUGCAAAAGAUGUAGCUGCAAAAGAUGUACCUGUAAAAGAUGUACCUGCAAAAGAUGUACCUGCAAAAGAUGUACCUGUAAAAGAUGUAGCUGCAAAAGAUGUACCUGUAAUAGAUGUACCUGUAAUAGAUGUAGCUGCAAAAGAUGUACCUGCAAAAGAUGUACCUGUAAUAGAUGUAGCUGCAAAAGAUGUACCCGUAAAAGAUGUAGCUGUAAAAGAUGUACCUGCAAAAGAUGUGGCUGCAAAAGAUGUACCUGUAAAAGAUGUACCUGCAAAAGAUGUGGCUGCAAAAGAUGUGGCUGCAAAAGAUGUACCUGCAAAAGAUGUAGCUGCAAAAGAUGUAGCUGCAAAAGAUGUAGCUGCAAAAGAUGUACCUGCAAAAGAUGUACCUGUAAUAGAUGUACCUGUAAAAGAUGUACCUGUAAAAGAUGUAGCUGCAAAAGAUUUACCUGCAAAAGAUGUGGCUGCAAAAGAUGUGGCUGCAAAAGAUGUAGCUGUAAAAGAUGUACCUGCAAAAGAUGUAGCUGCAAAAGAUGUACCUGUAAAAGAUGUACCUGCAAAAGAUGCCCCUACAAAUGAUGCACUUGACUUCCAAGUUUUGGCAGAAGAUAUCGACAAUGCUUCUUUCAAAUGUAAAGAAUAUUUUGAACAUAAUCCUAUGACGUUUUAUGAUAUUGAAUCGGGAAUGGCAAAAUACCGGGCACCACAACCAACUCCAGUUCACAAUUAAUUCAUGACAAUAUUCAAUAAUGUAAUAAUGAUUGCUAAUUCGUUGUUAUCAAUGUAUUGAUAGUCGUUUGAAAAUAAAGUUUUACACCAAAUA